UUGCCAGCCUCCAGAAUAAGCAAACUUUCCUUUCUACCAACACGUGCCUCUCUCUGUAUUGGCUUUCCAGAGGCAAGCAGCCGGACCUGCAUUUCGGGGAGACCAUGACCUGCUGUGAAGGAUGGACGGCGUGCAAUGGAUUCAGCCUGCUGGUUCUGCUUCUGUUGGGAGUAACUCUCAACGCAAUACCUCUAAUUGUCAACUUAGUUGAUGAAGACCAUAGUUUUCAAAACCCCAUCUCUUGCUUUGAAUGGUGGUUCCCAGGAAUUAUUGGAGCAGGUUUGAUGGUCAUUCCAGCAACAACAAUGUCCUUGGCAGCAAGAAAAAGAGCGUGUUGCAACAACAAAACCGGGAUGUUCCUUUCAUCACUUUUGAAUGUAAUCACUGUCAUCGGUGCUGCGUAUUGCCUGCUGGUGUCCUUUCAGGCUCUCUCAGAAGGCCCUCUCAUCUGUAACUCUCAAGGCAACAGUACUUCCACUUGUGAAUUUUCAUUUAACAACUUGACUGCCUAUCGCCCAGAACCCUUCAAUCUGCAGUGGUUCUUCAACGACUCUUGUGUUUCUCCUACGGAUUUCAACACCCAUGCUGUCAGUGACCCAGGGGCCUGGGGCGGGGGAAGAUACACCUUGCACUUCAAUUCUACAGAGAACAGACACAGGAUCAUCCAUUUCUCAGUGUUUUUAGGUCUCCUGCUUGUGGGAAUUCUUGAGCUCCUGUUUGGGCUCAGUCAGAUCAUCAUCGGCUUCCUCGGCUGCCUGUGUGGUGGGGUCUCUAAGCGAAGAGGCCGAAUUGUGUAG